GUACUAAGUUAAACAGCACAUAUAGUCUCUGGUAACCUAUUAGAUAUUCAAGAUGUCAUAUAAUAACAACAGUAGUGAAUACAGAAACAACGACCACAACGGUUACCGUGGUGGAAACAGAGAUGGUGGUUAUGGAAACAGAUCCCACGGCUACCAAGGUGGCAACAGAGACGGUGGUUUCAGAGGUGGUUACCAAAAGAAGUUUGAUGAACCUAUUGAAUUAGUUGCUCCAGAAUGGGAUUUAGAAACUUUACCAAAGUUUGAAAAGAACUUCUACGUUGAACAUCCAAAUGUUGCUGCUAGAACUGACAGAGAAAUUGAAGAAUUCAGAAGAAAGAAUGAAAUGAGUGUUAUUGGUAACGAUAUUCCUCAUCCAAUCACUACUUUCGAAGAAGCUGGUUUCCCUGAUUACGUUUUGAAGGAAGUUAUUGCUCAAGGUUUCCCAAGCCCAACUGCUAUUCAGUGUCAAGGUUGGCCUAUGGCUUCUAGCGGUAGAGAUAUGGUUGGUAUUGCCGCUACUGGUUCUGGUAAGACUUUAUCAUACUGUUUACCAGCUAUUGUUCACAUUAAUGCUCAACCAUUGUUGAGUCCUGGUGAUGGUCCAAUUGCUCUUGUGUUGGCCCCAACCAGAGAAUUGGCUUGUCAAAUUCAACAAGAAUGUUCCAAGUUUGGCCGUUCUUCUAGAAUUAGAAACACCUGUGUCUAUGGUGGUGCUCCUCGUGGUCCUCAAAUCAGAGAUUUAGCCAGAGGUGUUGAAAUUUGUAUUGCCACUCCAGGUAGAUUGAUUGAUAUGUUAGAAUCUGGUAAGACCAACUUGAAGAGAGUUACUUACUUGGUUUUGGAUGAAGCUGAUAGAAUGUUGGAUAUGGGUUUCGAACCAGUCAUCAGAAAGAUUGUUGAACAAAUUAGACCAGAUCGUCAAACUUUGAUGUGGUCUGCUACUUGGCCAAAGGAAGUCCAAGCUUUAGCUAGAGAUUACUUGAAUGAUCCUAUUCAAGUCACUAUCGGUUCUUUAGAAUUAGCUGCUUCUCACACCAUUACUCAAUUGGUUGAAGUUGUCAGUGAAUUUGAAAAGAGAGAUAGAUUAGUCAAGCACUUGGAAACCGCUACUGCUGAUAAAGAAGCCAAGAUUUUAGUUUUUGCUUCUACCAAGAGAGCUUGUGAUGAAAUCACCAGUUACUUGAGAUCUGAUGGUUGGCCUGCAUUGGCUAUCCAUGGUGAUAAGCAACAAAGUGAAAGAGACUGGGUUUUAAGAGAAUUCAAGACUGGUAAAUCUCCAAUUAUGGUGGCUACUGAUGUUGCCGCUAGAGGUAUUGAUGUCAAGGGUAUUACAUUUGUUAUCAACUACGAUAUGCCAGGUAAUAUUGAAGAUUAUGUUCACAGAAUUGGUAGAACUGGUAGAGGUGGUGCCACUGGUACUGCUGUUUCCUUCUUCACUGAAGACAGUAAGAAAUUAGGUGGUGAAUUAAUCAAGAUUAUGAGAGAAGCCAAGCAAACCAUUCCUCCUGAAUUACAAAAGUACGACAGAAGAUCAUAUGGUGCUCAUAUCAGAUACGGUCCAGGUCGUGGUGGCCGUGGUGGUCGUGGUGGAUACGGCCGUGGUGGUCGCGGUGGCCGUGGUGGUUAUGGUGGUCAAAGAAACUUCCAAUCUGGUAGUAACACUGCACCAUUAUCUAACCGUCGUUUCUAGAGAAUUUUGUUUAAUUGCUUGAUUUCUUUUUGGGGUUUUUCUUUGUAUUUUUAUUUGCUUAUAGAAUAGAAUAAUAGUAUGAUUUAUUAAAGU